UGAGUUUUUCAAACCAGGCCAACCGCCCCAUUAUUUACUAUUAAACAAAACAAAGCAUCCGACGACUUGUUCUUAAUCUCAUUCUUUUAUCCAUUUUUUAUUUCUAAUCAGCGACUAAUCAUCAUUAUAUUGAACUAAUUCCACAACUAAAAAACAAUACUCAGAAUACUCAGUCUUCAUUUUGCAUAAUUUCAUUCCUUCUUCUCCUCUUCUCUUCUCUUCUUUAGCUUUAUUGGCCUACAAAUAAUGCUGCUGCCGCAGGCCGCCGCUGCAGGUUUUGAUUGAUCGAAAGGUUUGGAAACCGAGAAAAGAGUUGGAAUUUGGGAUUCGGAGUUCGGAACUUUCAGCUAUGGCGGCGAAUUCGGGUAGUAAUAGUAGUAGUAAGGAGACGGCUUUGAGGCUGAGAGCGGCAGCGGAGGCGGCCAUAGAGUGUAUAGGGUUGGGUUAUGACAUGGCGGUGGACCUUAGGUUGAAGUAUUGCAAGAAGCUGCAGUCACGAUUGAUCGCCGUUGAUGAUGAUCAGGUCAGAGAUAUUGCGGUUCCCGGUGGAAUUUUGGUCCAGAAUGUUCCUAAGUCGAUCAAGUGUGAUAAAGGAGAGCGAUUACGGUUUGGCUCUGAUGUUCUGUCUUUUCAGCAGAUGUCAGAACAAUUCAACCAAGAUGUAGCUCUUAGUGGUAAAAUCCCAACAGGACACUUCAAUGCUGCCUUUGAAUUUACGGGUUGCUGGCAGAAAGACGCUGCCUACACAAAAGCCCUUGCUUUUGAUGGUGUCUUCAUCACCCUCUACAGCAUUGCAUUAGAGAAAUCCCAAGUAAUGCUAAGCGAUCAUGUUAAACAAGCUGUCCCCUCAUCAUGGGAUCCGGCUGCAUUGGCAAGGUUUAUCGAGAAAUACGGAACCCAUGUGAUUGUUGGUGUGAAGAUGGGGGGAAAGGAUGUCGUGUAUGUAAACCAGCAAUACUCAUCACCACUCCAGCCUGCUGACAUUCAGAAAAAAUUGAAGGAUGUUGCAGACAAGAGGUUUACUCAUGCAAGUGGACCUUCAAGCACCCACAAUGAUAAAGUUUAUAUCAGGGAAAUGCUGGAUGGCAAUGACAGUGGUCAGACCUUCAUGGAUACCACUACAGGGAGCAUUUAUUCCCAGAAUGAGCAGGAUAUUACAUUCUUCUGUAGAAGGAGGGGUGGGAGCAGUAGCAGGAACCUGUCCCAUAGUAAGUGGUGUCAAAGUGUCCAGCUCGAACCUGAUGUGAUUUUGAUGUCCUUCAUACCAAUCUCAUCAUUGCUGAGUGGAAUUGAUGGAAGUGGAUUUUUAAGCCAUGCUAUCAACCUUUACCUACGCUAUAAACCACCAAUUGAAGAACUAUAUCAGUUUUUGGAGUUUCAACUUCCUCGGCAAUGGGCACCAGUAUUUGGUGAACUUCCCCUAGGUCCUGACAGAAAGCAGCAGAGUGGUGCAUCUUUGCAGUUCAGCUUAAUGGGUCCAAAGCUAUAUGUUAAUACAAACCCGGUUGAUGUGGGCAAUAAGCCUGCGACAGGACUUCGACUGUAUUUAGAAGGGAAAAGAAGCGAUUGCCUAGCAAUUCAUUUGCAGCACCUUUCCUCUUUACCCAAGAGCUUUCAGCUUCAGAAUAAUUCAAAUCGCAAUGCGGGUAACUCGUAUGACCACAGGUAUUAUGAGAAAGUCCAGUGGAAGAGCUUCUCACACGUAUGCAGUGCUCCUGUUGAAUCUGAUGAGGACCUUGCCAUCGUUACUGGUGCUGAAUUUGAAGUCAAAGAAUCUGGUAUGAAAAAUGUUCUUUUUCUGCGCCUUCAUUUUUCAAAGGUCAUUGGCGCCAUGGUUGUCAAGAAACCUGAGUGGGAUGGUUCCACAGUGCUGGGCCAAAAGUCUGGAAUUAUCUCAACAUUGAUUAGCACUCGCUUUUCAAGUAGUCAGAAACCUCCACCAAAUCCAUCUGAUGUAAACAUCAACUCAGCACUGUAUCCUGACGGCCCCCCAAUGCCAGCACAAACCCGUAAACUUUUGAGAUAUGUUGACACAAAGGAAAUGACAAGAGGACCACAGGAUCCACCUGGAUACUGGGUUGUUUCUGGAGCGAGGCUUGUGGUUGAUAAUGGCAAGAUAUCUCUUCGUGUGAAGUACUCUCUUCUGGCUGCCAUCUUGCCGGAUGAAGAGGAGCCAUUUCAUGGAUAAUUUUGUGGACCAAACAGCUGAAGCAGUAAUAUUGCGAGGCAAAAUAGGGAUGUCAUUUCAUGAUUGAAGUCACAGAUUUUUCUUAUAUUUAGCGAGGAGUUUUUGACAGUUCUUGUAUGGUUUGAAUGGUAACAGGCAACUUGCUGUACUUCUUGUGUUCUAGCAUAAAAUUAUGUACAUAAUUCUUGAUGUUGGAAGAAUUUAACUGAAACAGUUACUUGUUCGGAAAUAGGAAAUGGAGAACAGGUACAUAUGCAUCUUAUUAUAGGAUGAAAA